AUGGAUAUGGAAGGUGUUUUUAACAAGGGUUUGGAUAAUUCAGCCAAAAACGCCGCCGCCGUUUUUAGAACCGUUUUCAUUGCCUUCGCCAUCGAGUGCACCGUUCCACUUACGCUAACCCAGCUGAGGAUCGAGCUACGAAAACCGCCGAUACCGCCGAUUAUACCUAACGUCGAAGAACGGAAAAAAAGAGUAUUUGCCGACGUCGACGAAUUUAUAGUAAUAAUAUAUAAGCGUUUGCUUUAUAAGAAAAUUAAAGCCAAGCGAGAAUGCGUAUAG